UUUUGUUUGUUGCUUUCACCACCAUUCCGCAAAGCAUGCCCGUUGGCAAAGCUACCGGUGCAUUUGUUAUUGGUAACAGUGAAUUGAUUUGUAUGAACGCUGUGAUUGGUAUCUGGUGCUGAACGUAAAGCAAAACAAUUCUUGGACUCGACCGCUUGUUUUACAGUACCAACAUCACGAGUUGUUUUCGGUUGUUCUCAUUUAAAAACUGAUAAUUCUGGUUACUUUUACCAAUUCACAUUCUUCUUGAAUCAACUGUUUUUUAGUGUGUUCAUUCUACAUCGUUUCGUUCUCUGUACUAUUUUCAUUUUGCCUCUCCUGUUCAUCCUGGAUACGUUCUUUCUCAAUUAGUUAUGACCGAGAAUUCGUAUUACGAAGGCGACAAAUUGCCUUUCGAACCGGAUUCCUAUAAUUUUGGAUUUGACGGUAAUCGGCGCUUUGAUAACUCACUCUCACAGUCCCCGUUCCUUGUUGAUUCAAAUGGACAAUCAGGAUCACCACAAGAUCAUCAGGUGCUAGUGAAUCAUCCGUUUAGCCGUUUAGGUAACCAAAACGGUAUCGAUCAUGACAUAACGCUUCCUCCUAAUUUCCAGACAUUUGAACAACAGCAGAAUGCAUCUGCUUCGUUUAACUCACUCACCGCUGUUGCUUCAAAUAACCUUUUACAACAAGAAGGCAGAACACCCAAUCUUGCUGACACUCACUUAGUUACCCCGGAGCAUCCUGUCGAAGUAGGAGUUCAGUCGCAACCCGUUCACACCUCGUCUAUUCCUUCUACAAAUUUAAAUAACCAGUCGCAAGCUACUCCGGUUACUGUUGCGUUUAAUGCUGCUCGGAAACGGACAUGGCCGGCUACUCUUGCCAUUGAACGUUCUGAAGAUGGGACAGAAUUGUAUGAUACAAUUAAUGAUGAUUUCGAGGAACACUAUACCUUUGAUGGCAUUAAAACAAAAUCCGGUCGCAAGGUUCAUAAGCCAUCACAUUUUGAUCCCCUCAAAAAAUUCCCGACUCGGAGGCGUGGCCCUGGUCGCCGUCCUAUGGUUGCUGAAGCUUUGAAAUGCUCUGUAUGUCAGAGAUUACAUUCACCAUACAAAAAUCGAGUUGUUUUCUGUGAUGGUUGCAAUACGACUUAUCAUCAACUGUGUCAUGAUCCGCCUAUUCCCGACGAAUUUCUGGAGUCCACAAAAGCUGAGUGGUUUUGUAACGACUGCCGGAGAAAAAAGAUGAAGAGAUCUCUCGUUACAGGAGCAACUGGCAAAGAACUUAACUUAACCCUGGCAGAAAAAAAGUCUUAUCUUGGAAACUUACCAGUUUCACAGCUGGUAGAUUUGCUACUCCUAUGUGAACAUUACCAUCCGGAUUUGGCUGUUUUCAGUCCAAACACUCUGAACAUUUUAAACAAUAUGAAUGAAAAAAGUGCAGAACCCGCGCAAACGAACGUGCCUGCGACUAUUGAUUUGAGUCAAAAUCCGCCUAAAAUUACAACUCGGGCGACCAAAACAAAACAGAAAAAUCAACGGAAAACCGAGAAAGCUAAUGGCUCCCCUGGUUUCCCUCUUAUUAAUUCGGAAACGGAUGUGCUCAUCAUGUCAGAGGAGGAAUUCCUCUCCACUUACACUGGAACAGAUGAAGCUGUACUACAAGUAUUGGAACAAACUACAUCCAAACUGACUAUGGACACGAUUUACAGCAUCAUUGAAAGCAAGUUCGCGAAUCGUCGUUUUACUCGCUCCCUUGUGACUAGCAGUCUAAAUAGACUUGUUCGACUUCAUCGGGUUAAUCGAGAACCUACGACCGGAGAGUAUACAAUUGACCAAAACUUUGAUCGGCUACGCCCUACUAUCCGAAGAGAUUGCGCUGCAACGGGUCCUCUUAACUUCGACCUUUCAGACGAGCUUGCGUAUGAAACGAGCAUGCCAAAUAGUGUUCACUACGUAGAGCUGAAUAUUCGCAAUCUUCAAUUGUAAAUAUACCGUUUAUUAUUUAUCCGUUUCUUUUUUUUUACCUUUUUCAUGACUUUUGCCCGUUCGCAUAUUUACAUACUUACACAUGCUAAUACUUACAAUGAAAACAUAAUUCAUUGAUAAUCAUGUUGCGAUGACAACUUCUGAGAUUUGGUGCAAAAAUAAGCACAAGCAAGCGGAAUGAUGUAGAAUUUUAUAAUGUUUUUAAACCUUAGUUACAAAUGAACCAAAAACAAAGAUAUACAACAAGAAAAUAAUAACAAAAUACGUGACUACAGGAACAAGUAGCCACAUUUUUUUUUUUAGAAAAAAC